AUGUCUUUUGAGUGCGGCUUCGACAUCUUCCCCGCCCUCUCCCCUACCCCCGAGAACAAAAUCCGCUACGCCGAAUUCCUCGACGAUAUUGUCGCCGUCUACAAGACCGACGAAGAAUCGCGCCUCCUCAUCCUCCCAAACGACGCCGACUUCCCCAAAUUCCUCGACAAGCGCUUCGUCCACUUCGUGCUCACCAACAACCCGCGCAUCCCCGCCGACCCCAACGACUGCGACCUGUUCUUCAGCCUGCGCAGCUCGAGCGUCUUCGACGCCAGCGUCAUCGACACCAUAAAAGAGAUCGCCACCAUCGCGCAGCACCAUUUUGGGAGCCGUGUGCACUUCUGGACCAAUGUCAGCGACAUCUACACCCGCGGCGAGGUCACCCGCGCAGAGUGGGAGGUCUCCAAGAGAAAGGAUGUCUCGGACUCGAAGUGA